CCAUUGGGUACAUAACUGUGUCGCCGGUUGACCUUGAAGCGAUGGGUGCGAAACCAGAUGCCUGAGGUAGCCUAGUUAGCCUGCAUUUUUCGGUGAAAGUCAACUUAACUUCAGCCACUUAAAAUCUGUCUUCACUAUCCCGUUGUCAAAUAUUAUGCUCGAGUGCAUAAGUUUUGUAAAUGUGUACUGAAUCUACUUCAAGAAAAAUACAACUUGUACUAAGAAAGGUAUUUUAAGCAAUGUAUAACCCUGGACGUAUUCAAUUGUUUAAUCUACUGAAUGGAAUAUUAUGCGUUUAUAAAUCACCAGAGACAAAUAUCGAUAGAUUAACCAGAUGUAUAAAGCGUUCUUUAGCGGAUGCCUUCAACUCACUUCCUUGUGAGAAACAAUCUGUACGCACAUCGAUUCAAGCAUGCAGCCAUAAUAAUCAACUAUUGAAAAUAACUACAGAACCGGAUCUUGUAGACAGUGAUCAUGUGUUGGGUAGACGUUUCAUGCCAGGUGAUAUUGUGCUGUAUCCUAUUGAUCCUCUGAAUGAUUUCAUGUCUGGUGUACAAGUUUACGGUAUUGGCGAAGAUGGUGUUUACAACCAUGCAAGUAAAUUUGAACAAUCGUCUUGGCUGAAAACCUACCACUUAACCUGUAUGAUGGGACGUUCGUCUACAGAUGGAACAGCUAAUAGUACUACACUUUUAAGAACUUCUUGGAGACAUGUUCAUAAGAGCAAAGUAGACGCAGCUCUUGUUGGAUUACAAGCUCAGUUUAAUACCUCUACACUAUUACAGGCAGGUCUUCGCCCUAACUCUCAGAAUGCCUAUUUAGCAUUGUGUGGUCGUAGUGCUAACAAUGAUCUACGUCCUGUAAAAGCUGUGCAGACUACAGAAGAUUUUGAAGAACAAGAACACCUACUUUCACCAUGGGAACGUCAAAUUCCAGGUGAAAUGUCCUCUCCAAAAACUCUACCUCGUCGUAAGUCUGUUCGAGAAGAUAAAAGAAGACGAAUGGCUCCUUAUGUCAACGCCAUACAUUGUAUUGAUUUCGAUCCACCAUUCUUUACAGUCGAAAUUCAAGUUGCACAUGAAACAAUGAAGUUUCUUGUUAAUCUUGUUGCUAAUCUCGGUCCAAAAUUACGUACAGCCACUCUGUUAUCAAAGGCUAGAAGAGUUAGACAUGGCCCAUUGACUGCUGAAAAUUCUUUACUUCAGAAGCAUUUAGAGAAAAUACCAAUUGGAUUUUAUCAGGAAUAUGUUCAAUGUGUCAAUAAUAUACUAACUCAGUAUAAAAAUGAUGAUGUUGACCUAACUAAACCACCAGAGAUGAUUUUGGAAGAAGAUUCGCAUAUAUUGAAACAUUUAAUGAAUCGUACACAUGGUAAAUUUGGCUAUCAUGUGUUUGAAAAUCUAUUUCAAUGCACUGAAUUGUAUUUAGUCGGUGUUCAGCAUAGUACGGAAAAGAAAUGCUAUAUGGUGCCAAUAAAUUCUUGAUUAUUAUAAAUAGAAACAUUAUUCAGUAGUAUUUUGUGCAUAACAGAUCUUAAAACAUCCUUUGUAUAUAUAUUCAUUUUAUAUGAGAUAUUUUUUUGAGUUUUAAAAUGGAUGUGUGAUUUUGAAUUUUCAAAAGAAUGGAUACUGAACAAAAAGUACUCUUUACGAUAACCCUUUCAUCAUCAGGCUCUACAGUUAUAUAUACAUUAUAGUGAAUG